CUGACACUGUGAAGGUUUGUCCGGAAUAAUAAUUAGUGCCAAAGAUGGAUGAAAAGCGAAUUGUUGAUUUUCCCUAUGAAUUCGAAGAACUUGACGAUAAUGAAGUGCAGAAUUUUUAUUCAGGUGUCAAGGCAGACUACAUCACCGUAGGCCCAAAGAAAUACUUCAUGACAACAGGAUACUUGUCAGCAGCUGCAAAAAUUUACAACUUCCCAGUCAAAUCAGAGGACACUUUCAUUGUAACCUUCCCAAAGUCAGGAACAACUAUGACUCAGGAAUUAGUUUGGCUGUUAUGCAACAAUUUAGACUACGAGAGGGCAAAAUCGAUAAACCUCAGUGAAAGAUCACCUUUUUUAGAAAUAAGUACAUUGUUUUCGUUUGAAGAUUUUCCAAUGACGGAAGAAGAGAAACAAAAAUUUGUUAAAUCCCAAAUACCUACAACACACGAAGACAUAGAAAAAAUGCCCUCACCAAGGUUCAUCAAAACUCACCUACCUCUGUCUCUACUACCACCGUAUCUAUUGGACACUACAAAGGUAGUAUACGUGGCCCGUGAUCCGAGAGAUGUUGCAGUAUCCUUCUAUAAAUUUCAGAAAUUUCUAAGGAUAUUAACACCUGACAAAGAAUUUAAACAGUAUUGGAAGUUUUUCCUGCGUAACCACAUUCCGUGGACUCCAUAUUUCGAUAAUGUUCUCGAAGCUUGGGAGCAGCGGAAUCAUCCAAACAUGUUAUUUUUGUUCUACGAGGACAUGGUUAAGGAUUUACCUGGGACUGUACGCCUCGUGGCAAAUUUUUACAACAAAUCUCUCUCCGAAGAACAAGUGAAUGAACUUGCUGAUCAUCUCAGAUUUGACAACUUUAAGCAGAACAAGUCAGUUAACAUGGAAGACAUGAAAGAUCUCGGCAUAUUUACGAGUGAUGGUGCUUUUAUAAGGAAAGGGAAGCCAGGCGGAUGGCGGAAAUACUUCGACGAAGAAAUGGCGGCCGAGGCAGAGGAGUGGAUCGCAAAACAUCUACGCGAUACCGACUUCCGGUUCCCUCAUUUGGACAUUUAUUACAACGAUAACGAACGCAUUGCAAGUGCGAAUAGAUUGUUAGUUUUAACUAAACUGUUGUGCUGUGAAGUUGUAUUGUUAAGUAUUCUGUUUGUGGCAAUGGAUAAAAAACGUAUCGAAAACUUUCCUUACGACUUUGAAGAAUUGGAUCCGCAAGAAAAUGAAGAGAUUACUAACUGCAUACGAGGUUACAAGGAAGAAUUUAUCCGCGUUGGCCCCAAAAAAUACUUCGUCCAGAAGCGAUACGUAUCAGUAGCUGCAGCCAUUUACAAUUUUCCACUAAGAUCUGAUGACACUUACGUUAUUACCUUCACUAAAUCGGGAACAACUUUGACUCAGGAAUUAGUAUGGUUGAUAUGCAACAAUUUAGAUUAUGAGAAGGCUGCUUCAACAAUUUUAAAUAAAAGAUUUCCAUUUUUAGAAGUUGCAGCGUUAGUACCAGCAGAAGAACUUUCGUAUAUAUCGGAGGAUCAAAAAAAAGUGAUAAAACAACGCUUAAUGCCAAACACUAUUAAAGAAAUAACAGAAAUGGCGUCACCGAGAUUUAUAAAAAGCCACAUGCCGAUGUCCUUAUUACCACCUUCGCUAUUGGAUAAAACAAAGGUGGUAUACAUGAUGCGUGACCCAAGAGAUGUGGCCGUUUCUUAUUAUCACCAUCUAAAAUUAAUGAAGCAGAUGAAACCAGAUAAAGAAUUUAAACCGUUUUGGAAUUACUUCGUUUCGGAUAAUAUUUUCUGGGCGCCUUUCUUUGAUCAUGUGCUUGAAGCUUGGGAGAAAAGGAAUCACCCCAACAUGUUAUUUUUAAUUUAUGAGGAUGUAAUAAAGGAUAUGCCAGGAACAGUGCGACGUGUGGCUGAUUUUUUUGGAAAAACAAUUUCAGACGAACAAGUGAACAAACUUGCCGACCAUCUUGGUUUCGAUAACUUUAAGAAGAAUAAAUCGGUUAACAUGGAACACUUGCAGGAAAGUGGUGUAUUUACAAGCGAAGGCGCUUUUAUUAGAAAAGGUCAGCCAGGAGAAUGGAGAGAAUAUUUUGAUGAAGAGAUGACAGCGCAGGCGGAAGAAUGGAUUGCGAAAAACCUACGCGGGACUGACCUUCGUUUACCUAACUGUUAAAGUUUCAUUAUAUUGAUAUAAUAUUAAAAUAAAAUUAAUUAUAUAAUAUUAAAAUAAAAGUAAAUUGAAAGUACCGAAGUGAUUUAUGCUUCCUUAAAAACAUACAAGCAAUCUUUGCCUAAUAA